AUGACAACAACCACAUCUCCUCUUACAAAUCUUCCGGCGAACUCGGAUGUCUAUCCCUCACCGUUUCCCGCUCGCUCGAAAACUGCUUCUGCUAUGAUUAGUGGUGUGCCUACGGAUGUUUCCUGCAUGUAUUUUGCGGAUAGGAUUUUAGUUACUAUUUCUCAGGGAGGAAGGUUGGGUCAAUGGAUACAAAUCCCUCUCACCAGCGCCUCUCCCACCAGCUUCGACACGGCAAUUCCCCUCCCAUCUUCCACAUCUACCUCGAUAUCCAAUGGCGCAAAUAUGAUUCUGCCUCUUGAACAUUUAACUCCUCGUACGUUAUUAGGUGCGGCUGGGGAAAAGAGAGAGAGGAUUGCUCAUUUGUAUGCGAGUCAGAUUGGGAGUAUGAUUUUGGGGAGGGAUCCGGAGGAGAGGAGGACGGUUUUGUUGGGGCUGGGGUUGGAGGAGGAGAAGGGAAAGGAGAGUGUGGGUGCGGUGGAUGGGGAAGGAGAAGAUGGGGAGAGGAAGGGGAGAGAAGGGGAGAGAAUGGAAUAUUUUGAUUUGUUGGAGUUGGUGGGUGGGGUUUUGUGA